GCAGUCAGACAGCACCGGGCAGAGAGGAGAGCAGCCGCCGGGUCACAGGCUCUUCACUUCGGACUACUGGACACACCUGGACCGCGCUGAGAUGCUGCUGCAGGGAGGACCCACUGCUGCUUAUGUUGCACUUUUAUUUUAUUAUCAUUUGCUGGAGCCAACUUUGGUGCUCGCCUUCAACCUGGACACCACUCAUGUCAUCAGGAAGGACGGAGAGCCCGGCAGCCUGUUCGGGUUUUCUCUCGCCAUGCACCGGCAACUCAGCCCGGAUACCAGAAUGCUGCUGAUAGGAGCACCCAGAGCCAGAGCUUUGGGACAACAGACAGCCAACAUCACAGGAGGCCUUUAUAAAUGUGAAAUCACUCAGUCCAAUAAAUGUGAACGCAUCCAAUUUGAUAGUGAAGAGGAUGUGCGUUUUGAGAACAAGGAGAAUCAGUGGAUGGGGGUGACGGUGCAGAGCCAGGGGCCGGGGGGGAAGAUUGUGACUUGUGCUCAUCGCUAUCAGAGGCGCUUGUAUGGGAACACCCCUCAGGAGUCGCGGGACAUCACCGGGCGCUGUUUUGUCCUGAGCCAGGACCUGACCAUCGACUCCAACUCGGAUGAGGACGGAGGAAACUGGAACUUCUGUGAGGGCAGAGCCAGGGGACACGAGAUGUUCGGAUCCUGCCAGCAGGGUUUAGCUGCCACCUUCACCAAGGAUUACCACUACAUUGUGUUUGGAGCACCGGGGGCUUACAACUGGAAAGGUAUUGUUCGAGUGGAGCAAAAGAACAACACUUUGCUGGAGAUGGGAGUGUAUGAUGACGGCCCGUAUGAAGUUGGAGAUGAAAAUCUAUUGAGACCCGAAUUUGUGCCGGUACCUGCCAACAGCUACCUUGGAUUCUCCCUCGAUUCGGGAUACAGCAUCACCAGGGGGCGUGGCCUGACGGUGGUGGCUGGAGCACCCCGAGCCAAUCACAGUGGAGCUGUGGUCCUGCUGAAGAAAGAGAGCGAAGUCUCCGCCAGACUCCUGGAGGAGCACAUUCUGCACGGGCCAGGACUCGCAUCCUCCUUCGGAUACGACCUGACCGUGGUGGACCUGAACGGUGAUGGAUGGCAGGACAUCGUUGUCGGAGCCCCUCAGUUCUACAUGAAGGACAGAGACAUUGGAGGAGCCGCUUACGUCUACAUCAACCAGGCGGGACGGUGGGACAAAAUCACUCCUGUCCGCCUGAACGGGACCAAAGACUCAAUGUUUGGAUUGGCGGUGGAGAACAUCGGAGACAUCAAUCAAGAUUCAUAUGAAGACAUUGCCAUCGGAGCUCCGUAUGAUGACGGCGGUGCAGGAAAGGUCUAUAUUUAUCAUGGCUCUGCAGAAGGAAUCAAAACCAGCCCAGCACAGAUCCUCUCAGGGAAAGAGCACAGCAUGCGCCUCUUUGGAUAUUCUCUGGCUGGGAAUAUGGACUUGGACAGUAACUCGUAUCCAGACGUGGCGGUUGGCUCUCUGUCGGACACAGCUCUGAUCUACAGGGCACGUCCAGUCAUUAGCAUCAGGAGAGAUGUCAAAAUAUCUCCACAGGAAAUUGACCUUACAAUCAAAACCUGUGGAAACAGCAAUUGCUUUGAUGUGGACAUGUGCUUUGCCUACAAAGGAAACCCUUCAUCUUACAACCCCAAACUAACUAUCAGCUAUUCUGUGGAGGCGGACGGAGAACGCAGGAAACACGGGCUAACCUCCAGAGUGAUGUUCCUCAACAAAUCCAGCACUGAGACAGACUACCGGUUUAACGCCACCUUGGACCUCCGCGGCCAAAACCAGAAAUCAUGUAUCAAGAUAACAGCCAAACUAAAGGACAACAUUAAGGACAAGCUGCGGAGCAUUCCCAUUGAGGUGUCUGCAGAGAUUGUGGGUACCAAACGACAGAAGUCAAGAAACGGCCUACCCCAACUCAUGCCAAUAUUAGACUCCUCUCAACCGAGCAAAGAAAUCAUUGAGGUCAACUUUGUAAAAGAGGGAUGUGGAGGUGAUAAUAUUUGCCGGAGUAAUCUGAAGAUGGACUACCAAUUAUUCUACAAACAAGGCAACCUAGAAGUGUACCCUCCAUUACCCAUCAAGAACAAAGUCCCUUUGUUUCAUCUGAAUUACGAGAAGAAGGACUUGGCUCUGCGUGUGACAGUCAGCAACAUGAAUGAAGAUGAUGCAUAUGAGGCAAAGCUGGUGGGGACUUUCCCCAAUACGCUGUCAUAUUCUGGGGUCCGGACAGAGCCUACUACGACGAAGAAGCCGAUCAUCUGUACAGCCAAUCUGAACGGCUCUCAGGCAGACUGUGAGCUGGGGAAUCCUUUUAAGAGAGGCUCAAAGGCUACAUUUUACAUAAUCCUGAACACUGCGGCGAUGACUCUUGACACUACAGAGAUUGACAUCAACCUGCAGCUCCAAACGACUAGUGUGCAAGAAAAUAUUGUCCCUGUUAAAGUGAAGGCUAGAGUAAUCAUUGAAUUUCCACUGUCGGUCACUGGGGAAGCCAGCCCUAAUCAGGUUUCCUUCGGAGGUGUUGUGAAAGGGGAAAGUGCCAUGAAGAAGGAGGAAGAGAUUGGAAGUUUGAUUACUUAUAAAUUCAGGAUAAACAACUUGUGGAAGUCUUCUGUCAAAGCCUCACUUAACAUUCAGUGGCCCAAACUGAACAAAGACGGUAAAUGGCUUCUGUACCUGGUGAAGGUCACAGCCUCAGGACCGGAGGACGUCGUGUGCGCCCCAGAGACUGAAAUCAACUCUCUCAAACAAAUCCAGGAGACCUUUUCUAGGACAAAACGUGAAAUUGGAGAAAGGAAAAAAGUUGAUAAAAUGUCUUCACUGUCAGACAAGACAAAGGUUUUGACCUGUGACAGUGGGGUCAGGUGUGUGGUGCUGCGCUGCCCCCUGCAGGGCCUGGACGGGACCACAGUGGAGCUGAGGUCUCGUCUCUGGAACUCAACCUUUAUUGAGGAUUACGCCUCUAUACCAAACAUGCACAUCGUUGUGAGGGCCUCGCUCGUCCUUCAGACUCAGGCUAAGAACAUGAUCCUGAAAACUCCUCACACUGAUGUUACACUGGCAGUGUCCCCUGAAGUUGCGGUAGCGCAGUUUACUGGAGUUCCCUGGUGGAUCAUACUGGUGGCUGUGCUGGCAGGCAUCUUGAUUUUAGCUCUGUUGGUGUUCCUGCUCUGGAAGUGUGGAUUCUUCAAGCGCUCCAAGCAAGAGGACAGCGUCCCUCGUUACCACGCAGUGCGGAUCAGAAAGGAAACUCCUCCUGAGUAUAAAGAUGAAAAAGCCAAGCUUGAUCCCUUUGAUAAAAAGCAGUGGCUGACGACUUGGAUCGAUGAUGAAAGUUACUCGUGACUCAUUUUGAAGUUUGUAUGAUUUUUGCAGACAGGUAUAACCUGAACUUUGUUGUUUUUUUUGUUCAUUUUGUGAUCAGGGAUUUUUUUCUGAAGCGUUCAUGUCUUUGAUUUUUUUUACACUGUAAAGAUGAAAAUGUUUUGUAAGUUCUGUAUAUAUUUAAAUACUUCUGCACACUGUAUAUUUAUUUUUUGAUAAAAAAAUAAUCAUAUGCAGCCACAUUUUCCUCAGUCUACACAUGUCCUCCGGUAAAGGGCAAAGUUUACUACUGUUAUAUGCAGAUGUGCUGUCUUACUGAAAGCCGAAAGUCUAUGCAAUGAAGGAACCGCUAGCUCAGUGCCAAGUGAAUGUAAAUGUUUCAUGUCUCAGUACCUUCUGCCUUUUCUUGAAUGACAUUCAGGUACAUUACCAUUUCACAAUAAUUAACAGUGCACAUGGGACCACGACCCUUAAACUCCAAGCAGGUGUUCUUUAAACUUCUGUUCUUCACUGUAGUGGCAUCCACUGUGUUGUAGGUCAUCACUGAAAUAACACUUCUUGUUCCAUGGGAGGAAUCCAAAGGGAAAAUGGGGAAAAGCAACUGAAAUGUAUGUUUGAUAGAUUAAAUGUUUUUUGUUGAAGUAUAAUAAAAUGCUUAAAAACUGA